GGGAAGCGGCCCCGUGGGCGGGGGCGAGGAGGCCAGGGCUCCAUUUGGUCGGCUCCCGGCUCCUGGCCCCUCUCUCGCUCAGCUCCGGCUCCCUGGUGGCGGCGGACAAGGGACUGCACCAUCCUCCUCUCCCAGCAAGGGGGCUCCAGAGACUGCCCAGCCAGGAAGUCUGGUGGCCUGGGCGCUCGGACAGUCCUUUGGUAAUGUCCAGGGCUCCAGGAAGAGAUGUCCUUGUGGGUGGAGGCCCCUGUGCCUGAUGUUUCUCCUGACUCUGCAGUGGAGCUGUGGGAGUCAGAUGCACAAGAUGCAAGCAGCCAGUCUCUGGGAAGCAGCAGCUGCAUCCUCAGGGAGGAAUCCAGCACACCCCAGUCUGCUGGGGGCGCUUUGAGGGUGGGGCUGGAUGCAACAGAGUCCACGGCCCUGCUUCCCGGGGUGGAGGCCUCUCCAGAGUCUACAGAGCUCCGUCCACAAAAGCGGAAAAAGGGGCCAGCCCCCAAAAUGCUGGGGAAUGAGCUGUGCAGUGUGUGUGGGGACAAGGCCUCCGGCUUCCACUACAACGUGCUGAGCUGCGAGGGCUGCAAGGGAUUCUUCCGUCGCAGUGUCAUCAAAGGGGCUCGCUAUGUCUGCCAUAGCGGGGGCCACUGUCCCAUGGACACCUACAUGCGUCGCAAGUGCCAGGAGUGCCGUCUUCGCAAGUGCCGCCAGGCGGGCAUGCGAGAGGAGUGUGUCCUGUCAGAAGAACAGAUCCGCCUGAAGAAACUGAAGCGGCAAGAGGAGGAACAGGCUCAGGCCACAUCUGUGCCCCCAAGGGCUUCCUCGCCGCCCCAAGUCCUGCCCCAGCUUAGCCCAGAGCAGCUGGGCAUGAUCGAGAAGCUGGUGGCUGCCCAGCAGCAGUGUAACAGACGCUCCUUUUCAGACCAGCUUCGAGUCACGCCUUGGCCCAUGGCACCAGAUCCCCAGAGCCGGGAGGCCCGUCAGCAACGCUUUGCCCACUUCACUGAGCUGGCCAUCGUCUCUGUGCAGGAGAUCGUUGAUUUUGCCAAACAGCUGCCAGGCUUCUUGCAGCUCAGCCGGGAGGACCAGAUCGCCCUCCUAAAGACCUCUGCGAUUGAGGUGAUGCUUCUGGAGACAUCUCGGAGGUACAACCCUGGGAGUGAGAGUAUCACCUUCCUCAAGGAUUUCAGUUAUAAUCGGGAAGACUUUGCCAAAGCAGGGCUGCAGGUGGAGUUCAUCAACCCCAUCUUCGAGUUCUCCAGAGCCAUGAAUGAGCUGCAACUAAAUGAUGCUGAGUUUGCCUUGCUCAUUGCCAUCAGCAUCUUCUCUGCAGACCGGCCCAACGUGCAGGACCAGCUCCAGGUAGAGAGGCUGCAACAUACAUAUGUGGAGGCCCUGCAUGCCUACGUCUCCAUCCACCACCCCCAUGACCGACUGAUGUUCCCACGGAUGCUAAUGAAACUGGUGAGCCUCCGGACACUGAGCAGCGUCCACUCAGAGCAAGUGUUUGCCCUGCGCCUGCAGGAUAAAAAGCUUCCCCCGCUGCUCUCUGAGAUCUGGGAUGUGCACGAGUGACUGUUCUUCCCCCACACCGUGUCUUCUGUUUUUUGGGCUAGAUGGCUGAGGCGUGACUGAGAAGGGCAGACAUUUCUGAGGGCUGGGCAAAGGACAUCCUCACGUGGCAUUAAAAGACAGUCAAAGGGUUGGGAA